AUGGCGGGCUGGCAGUCGAAGCUGUCAUCUCUUGGGGUUGCACAUUUCCCGUGGGAUCCGGCACCCCAGCCGCCUGUAUCGCAGCCCCAGGCUACACAGCAGCAGUCCCCUAUUCCUCCACCCAGUACCAUCCCUUCAAAUGAUGCUCGAAUGAACCCCCAGCCCCAACUCCAUCCACAGCAGCAGCAGCAGCAGCCGCAACAGCAACAGCAACAGCAGCAACAACAACAACAGAGUCAUAUACCCCAACAUGCCGGUCUACAGUCUGCUAAUGAUCAUCCAUCCGGCGAUACUUUUGUUAAGGCCGAAGGAGGCUUCUCUCCUCCACCCCCAGGACCCCCAGCUGGCACAAUUUUAGCUCAGCAGCGGGCUGCCAACGCAUUGCACCAGAAGUAUGGCAAUGCCGCAGCCAAUCAGGUUCAGCACCUGCAGUCACACUCUCAGGCUGCCUUAUCUCUUCCCGGCGGACAACCGCGUUACAAUCCUCCACCCAUGAGCACUUCGAAACCUCAAGACUUUAGGCCACCUCAGGCACAGGCCCAGAUUCAGCCCCAAGGUCAAGCGCCGGGACAACAGCAGACCCAACCCCAAAGACUACCCCAAACAGGCAUUCAGAACUCACAGACGGAUGGCGCGAGCGAUGACUUGUCAGAUUGGAAAGCAGAAGUCCAACGACGGAGAGAAGCAGCAGCCAAAAACGGUCCUGAAAAUGACCGCCGUCUUAGAGAUUUGGUCGAGUCAAGGAACCUCCAGCUGGAAGGCGGUGGACUUCUGGCUCCCUUGCAUGAACGAUACCCCAACGCUAAUGGAAAGAAACGCAAAAUCGUUAAGUUUGAUGACCUAGACAGCUUGUCAAACCAGACAGGAGCGUCUUCUGUAGUACCGUCAUCCAGUACACCAACUGAAGCUCCAUCACACCCUCAGUUCGAUGGACCGGACGACUAUCCAGUCAAAAAGGAUGAUGACGAAGAUGCUAUUAACUCCGAUCUCGAUGACCCUGAUGACUUACUAGAUGAAGAGCAAGGUGAGGACGAUGCAGUUGGCCAGGUCAUGCUCUGCACAUACGACAAAGUCCAGCGUGUCAAAAGUAAAUGGAAGUGUGUCUUGAAAGACGGCAUAUUAACUUCCGACGGCAAAGAGUGCGUUUUCCCUUCCUCUACCAUCCAAUUUAUUUUCUCUAACCUCUCGAGCAGAUACGUAUUCCACAAAGGAACGGGAGAAUUCGAAUGGUAUUAG